AUGUCUGCUAUUACAACCAAGUUUGAAGAGCUUAGCCAGUAUGCACCAGAAAUACUUGAGCUCUUGACAACUGGUGUAUUAAAGAUAGAUAAAGAAAAAAGGUGCCAGGCUCGUGAUCAUCUUCAAAAAGAUAUAAGUUUAACAAAGAACAGAGGCUAG